UCAUUUCUGUUUUGAUCAUGGUGUGGAUCUAUAAUGACAGGCAUACAAACAAAAAAUAUAUUUCUACCUAAUUUUAAAACCGUUCUGGAAAAAUUACGCAUUAGCGAUUGAAAUCUGUGUUUGCUAAACUUAAUCUUAUGGUGAAUUAUGCUAAGUGAAUAAUGAUAAAAAAGUGAAAAUGACUGUAUUAUACUUAUUGUUUAGUGUGUUAAUUUGUAGACUGUUUGUUGACGCCCAAUUUGGAACUGUUUCAAUAAGUGUGGAUAUGAGUCCAAGGGCAGAAAAUAUAACUUUUCAGAGUCGAUGUCCAUCAAAUAUGUCAUGCGUGCCAAUAAGUCAUUGCCCAUUGUUGGAGGAUUUGUUAGAUUUUUCAUGCUUUUCUUCAGACAGGUAUUUCCACCGUCUCAACUCCCUCACGUGUGGUAACUUCAAUAACGAAGACUACGUGUGCUGCCCCUCAUGUGACUGUGGGCGUGUGUACCCCCCGGGUACUCAAGCUUGCGGCAAAAGCAUGGUCCAGGGGGUAGAGUAUAACGGGAUCGGCGCUCAUCCUUGGGUAGCUAGGAUAGGAUUUACAAACAAAGACACAGGUAACGUGCGAUUUGCCUGCAGUGGAUCCAUCAUAGCUAAACGGGUGGUUUUGACAGCAGCACACUGCGCUUUGGCCAAACCGGAAGGGUACAAGUUGUCGACGGUAGUGAUCGGCGAAUGGGACAUAAGCCGCAGUCCUGACUGCAACGAGUUCUUCUGCGCGCCCACCACGCAAGCUAUCAAGGUGGAGAGCGUGUCCGUGCAUCCGGGAUACGAACAGAAGAUAUUUAGACAUGACAUCGCCAUGAUUAUAUUGAAAGAGGAAAUUAAAUAUUCUGUGACAGCGGCGCCGAUCUGUUUGAACGAUAAGCCGGAAAUUGUGAUCAACGAACGCGCAUCGCUUGUCGGAUGGGGGAAAUUGUCGGGGCAAAACAACUUGGUUGGGCGACAGCAACAGUUGGAUGUCCCCCUCGUUUCUCUGGAGACCUGUGAACGGAUUUUCGGCGAAUCGGUCCCAAUCCAUGAGGGUCAGCUUUGUGCAGGAGGUGAAGAGGGGAAAGACGCCUGCUCUGGCUUUGGAGGAGCUCCCUUGACUCUUCACAGAGAUGGACAAUAUACACAGGUUGGCAUAGUAUCGUUCGGGUCAGAGAACUGCGGCACGGAAGGCGUGCCCAGCGUGUAUACGAACAUCGCACACUACCACAAGUGGAUUGUCGAUAACUUGCCAUCGUGAUUACUGCUUAGAUAUUAUAAGAAAUCAAUGUGCAAUUUUAAUUAAAUAAAUGUUAAAAUGAAAA